AUGGGUCCCCUACCUCCCCCACAGCAUUCUGCGGAAGUAGAUCAGUUCUGGCUCUACCAGAGUCUGGAGGAGACCACCGCGAACCUGCGAGACCUCCAUGUAAUGAGACAAGAAGCAGAGAAGCGCGUGAGAGAGGCUCUGCAAUCAGAACCGCGGUUACAGGUGGCGGAACUGGGCUUAAAGGGAACCGACACACAUAACCUGAAGAAAGCAGAGGUGGUCCGGUGUAGAAGAUCUCAGUCAUCUGAGACCCCAGACAAGGGGGCACCACAAGCUAAAGUUCUACCAGAACAGAUAAGUAAAGCUAGACCUGGAAGAACCCGCUUAACCCAGGUCCAGUACUUGAGAAACCUCCUGGGACAGGAUCCCAAUGACUUGGACAUAUCAGGUAAAUUCCCUCCUGAGCGGAUCCUCGAGAAGUGGGUUACAAAUGACUUUGUGAUGUCACAACAUAAGCAGGACGCGGAGUCCAUAAAACAUCACCCCACGGAACCAGCACCGCGCCAGGAAGUCAAGCAACGAAGAAUUAAACCGGAUCAGGACCGUGUUAGAUACCGGAUGGCUGAUCUCACAGAGGAAAAUGCGAACCAUGAAGUCAGAUAUAGGAAAACUCCACCUGAGGAGCUGGAGAGAGCCAGGUACUUCAACGCAGAACCAGAGGAGCAGAACCACAACCCAUUGUUUGGGAGAGAGAUCCCACUCCCCACCCCGCACUAUGACCAUCCCAGCCUGAAUAGGAUUGGCUCUGGCUCUUGGGUUCCUCGUCUCCGAUUAGGAAGUUCAGGUGUCACCAGUGAUCUGCUGUUCACAAGACGGAUGAGUGGGAAGUGUCUGUCUACACCAAGCUCAGGAUUUUAUGAGGCAAGUGACCUAGAUUCUGCCUCCUCAUGCUCAUCCCUUUGUAGUGACAUUUCCAGCACCACAACCUAUUCUCUGAUGUCACCACAACGCAGCACUGCGCUACGGCCCAGAUCAAUAGAUUGCACAACGGAUCGCAGGAGGGAGCUCCAGAGCACUAGAGGAGGAACACAGAGACCUAUGUCUGCAGGGGCCUUGGACUCCUCACUUCUGUCUAUUUAUCCCACCCAAAAUGAUAGUUUUACACACAAAGAAGACACAAGUCAACUUGAGUUCCUUCCGGCGCCUCCCCCACUUUCUGUAAUUCACCAACGCUGGAAGACUGAGCGCUACAUCUGCAAGCUGGCCUUGCAUUAUCGUUGUCGGCCUGGAACAUCUUCAUUACCACCAGAUCUUGGGCCUCCACUCCAUAAGAGCAUACAAAUUCUGUCGCUCCAUUCAGAGUCUCCACACAUUGGUCUUCCUUCUCCUCAAUGUUUUUCUUCCUCCACCAGCGUUUGUGAUCUACGAAAGAUGCCCAAAGGGUAUGGAGGUUCCUGGGGUCGGUUUAUAAGCAGAGUGUUGCGUAGAGACUCAAGGACGGCAGCGUCUGAGAUGCACUUAGAGCAAUGUGGCCGGGAACCAUAUGAUGACCCUCAGAAGCCACAACCCAUUGAGGGCCAGCUUUCCAGGGCCAAAUCCUUCAGAGACCUCCUUUCAGCAAAACGGUUUAAAGCUUGGCAAUUCCAUUCUUAGAGCACCUACAAGGAUACGUAACUGACGCCUCAGCCUUACACAAGCUAGGUGUAUAGCCGAGACCAAUUAAUAAGUAUUUGUAGACACCUAUCUGGUUAAUACAAUAUAUGUUUUUAAGCUUCUGUAGUAUUACCCUGUCCGUAACUAUGCAAUAUGUAUAUAUUUAUAGAGUGUAUAUAAAUGCAAUUUAAAUGUUAUAAUUAAAUAACAAAUUACUGAAUAUUAA